AUGGAUUUCUUUCAAAACGCUAAUCUACAACAAACUUCGAAUAACCCGUUGCGGGAAACAUCAAACAAAGCAACACCUGUGCUAGAAUUGCUAAAGGGUGAAAUGACUAUGGACGAUUAUCUUAAUGAACAAGAUGAAAAUUUUGAACCCGUUAUUAAUAACACGAAAGACGAAAUCAAACUUAAACCUAAAGAUUCAAAUAGAAAACCAUUGUAUACAUAUGCUUCAUUGAUUGGACAAGCAAUUCUUCAAGCUCCAAAUAGAAGGCUACCUUUAAAUGAAAUUUAUGAAUGGAUAAUGGCUACAUAUCCAUUUUAUAAAAAAGAAAAUAAAGGAUGGCAGACCGGCGAUAAAGAUGUGUCGAGCGAAUGCUCAAUAUCUGGCGCACCGGUGUCUAAGGUUAAAAAUCGAAAUACGACGACUCCUAGUAAAGUAAAAGUGUCGGAUGAGAAAUAUGAGGGACAACAACAGUAUGCAAACAAUGACUCAAAUGAGUAUUCAAAUAUCCAAGAUACUAUAAUGAACAGUAAUCAAUCCUUCGAUGACGAUUCAAAUUUUCGAGAUACUUUUAUGUUCAGUAUACAACCAGUUGAUGUGUAUAAUCAUCAAAUUAUCGACAUUUUUCAAUAUGCAGGUGGAUUGACUGAAAUGGGCAACCAAACUUCUGACAUAGAUGAUUUUAACAAUGAUCAUAACUUCAAUGAUACGCUAUCAGCUUCAAGCAAGACAUUCUACGGACUUGACCAUUGUCAAACUAAUAUUGAUAACGUAAACCCCGAUCCGGAUGGUUUGCGCUACUUUUACGCGAUGAAAUGUAAUGUAAAGCAAGAAUGCGAAAGAUAUGUUAAUAUGCGCGAAGUCGAGUUUCAGGAUUUGGACGCA